GCGAUCACCGUGACAAUGAAGUCGGGAGGCGGAAGUCAGUGGCGGGGUUGCUUGCUUGCACUUCGCUUCCUCUUCCUAUUUUUCUGGGGCGUCCCUGGGGCCAGGGCAUUGGACAAUGGCUUGGCGAGGACGCCUACCAUGGGCUGGCUACACUGGGAGCGCUUCCUAUGUAAUCUUGACUGCCAGGCAGAGCCGGAAUCCUGCAUCAGUGAGCAUCUCUUCAUGCAGAUGGCAGAGCUCAUGGUCUCAGAUGGCUGGAAGGAUGCCGGUUAUGAAUGCCUCUGCAUUGACGACUGUUGGAUGGCUCCCGAAAGAGAUCCAAAAGGCAGGCUUCAGGCGGACCCUCAGCGCUUUCCUGGGGGGAUCCGCCGCCUUGCUGAUUAUGUCCACAGCAAAGGACUAAAGCUAGGGAUUUAUGCAGAUGUUGGAAAUAAAACCUGUGCAGGGUACCCUGGGAGUUUCGGACACUAUGACAUUGAUGCCCAGACCUUUGCUGACUGGGGAGUAGAUCUGCUAAAAUUUGAUGGUUGUCACUGUGACAGUGUGAAGCAUUUGAUUGAAGGUUAUCAGUACAUGUCCUUGGCUCUGAACAGGACUGGCAGAAGCAUUGUAUACUCCUGUGAGUGGCCUCUUUAUAUGUGGCCCUUUCAUAAGCCCAAUUACACAAAAAUUCGGACAUACUGCAAUCACUGGAGAAAUUCUGCUGACAUUUAUGAUUCCUGGGAAAGUAUAAAGAGUAUCUUGGCCUGGACAUCUUCUAACCAGGAGAAAAUUGUUGAUGUUGCUGGACCAGGGGGCUGGAAUAACCCAGAUAUGUUAGUGAUUGGCAACUUUGGCCUCAGCUGGAAUCAACAAGUAACUCAGAUGGCUCUCUGGGCUAUCAUGGCAGCUCCUUUAAUCAUGUCUAAUGACCUCAGACACAUCAGCCCUCAAGCCAAAAGUUUACUUCAGAAUAAAGAUGUGAUUGCCAUCAACCAGGACCCCUUGGGCAAGCAGGGGUACCUGCUUAGAAAGGAAAGCAGCAUUGAGGUGUGGGAAUGACCCCUCUCAAACUUAUCCUGGGCUGUAGCCGUUAUGAACCUGCAGGAAAUUGGUGGACCCUGUUAUUAUACCAUCGCAGUUGCUUCCCUUGGAAGAUGAAUAGCAUGUAAUCCUGCCUGCCUCAUCACACAGCUCCUCCCUGAGAAAAGGAAACUUGGGUUCUAUACAUGGACUUCAAGCAUAAAAACCCGAGUAAAUCCCACAGGCACCGUUUUGCUCCAGCUAGGUGGGACAAGUAAGACUACAUCACACUGAUGUUCACAUCCAUCACUUCCUCCAUGCCCACUAUUUCAUCCAAGCUCCAAGAGUGAUGGCUUAGUCCCUCACUGUACCAGUUUUCCUUCUGUUCCUCACACACCACGAGCAUACUGCUACCUCAGGGCUUUGACACUUGCUUUUGCAUUUUGCCUUGACCUUUCCUUCUUCAGAGGGCCAGCUCCUUAACAUGCAAAUCUCAGGGGCAGCCAUCAUGGUGCAGGUUAAGAUAAAUUUUGGCCUGCAUCCCUUAUUUGAGUGCCUGACCCGAGUCCUAGCUAUUCCACACUUCUGAUCCAGCUGCUUUCCAAAUGAGAGGUAGUCAGUGACGCCCUAAGUACUGUGUUCCUGCCAUCAAUGCAAGAGACUCAGAUGAAGUUCUGGCUCCUGGCAUUCACCUGGCCCAGCCCUGCCUGAUUCUGAAUGAACCAGUGGGCAGAACAUCUCUGUCAUUCUUUCAAAUAAAUCUAUGUCCUUGGAAAAA